CGUAGGCAGAGCAGUAAUGGCGGCUCACAGUUCUCUCCUGGAUGUUUCUCUCGGAAGCGCUGUUUGACGCUGUGUGUGCGGACUCUCUCCUCCCUGCGCUGUGACACACGCGGUGGGGAAUAAAGUCGAAGCUUUUUGUACCAGUUUAAAAUUUCCGUCGAUUUGUGGAGUUUUUAUCCGCUUCUCCAGGCGAAUUGGCCAAGGGCUUGCUAGUUUAGCUUAGCUUUGCUAGGUGGCAGAUAGAAAACAAGUCAAGUUAGCCUAGCAUGCUAAGCCAACUCAGUGGAGCCAGGUUUCCUCAGUUUGCCCUGUGUUAGCUUGUUAGCCUCCGAGCUGCAGGAGUGUGUGUGCGUGGCGCAGCGCUUCAGACACACACACACACACACACACACACACACACACACACACACGCGCGCGCGCACACACACUGGUGUGAAGAGUUUAACUUCAACUCGGUUCUUUGGGAAUCUCCGCGCUGAAGCAGCGGCGCUGUGGGACUGGGUGAGCGGCUAAUAAACCCAGGAGCAGUGCUAAUCACAGGGCUAAUCACAGGGCUAAUCACAGGGCUAAUCACAGGGCUAAGCGGUGUGUCCUAUGGUCCAGCAUGCUGAAGACCCGACAGUGUUUACUCGGACUCCGCACUUUCCUCGGAGUGGCGUCGAGGAUCUGGGGCUUCAUCCUUUACAUCCUCAGGAAGCACCUGCGCACGAUAAUUCAGUACCAGACGGUGCGCUAUGACACAUUACCCCUCUCUCCUGCAUCCAGAAACAGACUCAAUGCAGUCAAGAGGAAGAUCUUGGUUCUGGAUCUGGAUGAGACUCUGAUUCACUCUCACCAUGACGGGGUGCUGAGGCCUACAGUCCGACCCGGAACUCCACCGGACUUCAUCCUCAAGGUGGUGAUAGAUAAACACCCGGUGAGGUUUUUUGUCCAUAAAAGGCCACACGUCGACUUUUUCUUAGAAGUGGUGAGUCAGUGGUACGAGUUGGUGGUGUUCACAGCCAGUAUGGAGAUUUACGGCUCUGCUGUAGCAGAUAAACUCGACAACAACAGAGGAAUCCUCAAGCGCAGAUACUACAGACAGCACUGUACGCUGGAUUUGGGGAGUUAUAUCAAGGAUCUGUCAGUAGUGCACAACGAUCUGUCCAGUAUAGUGAUCCUGGAUAACUCACCUGGAGCAUAUCGCAGUCAUCCAGAUAAUGCAAUACCUAUAAAAUCGUGGUUCAGUGACCCGAGUGACACGGCGCUGCUGAACCUGCUGCCCAUGCUGGACGCACUGAGGUUUACCUCUGACGUUCGCUCGGUUCUCAGCCGUAAUCUUCAUCAGCAUCGUCUCUGGUGAUGUUUUAAACUCCUCUGUUAAACUCUCCACUGCUGGAACUGUCCGUCUCUCUGUCAGGUGACCCGUGAUGUCAUCAAACUCCAACAAUCAGACUGGAGAGAGAGAGAGAGAGAGAGAGAGAGAGAGAGAGAGACACGUGCACACACUGAACUGCAGCAGACAGACAGGCGUCGCACUCUCUCCUCGCUGUCUUUGUCCCGUAUGGAUCCUGCCUUACAGCCGCGUGGGUCUGUGAUGGAUGGAGGGAUUUUUACACUUCUCCUUUAGUUUCCUGACAUUGUUCUCCUUUAUAAAGAGUAAAUUAUUGGAUGAAUUGGAUGCAGCCAGUCAGAUAUUCCUCUUCCUCCUCUCUUUUUUCCUCCACUUUCUCAGUAUUCGCUCUUUUCCUCUUCUUUCUCCUUCGUUUUCCUGAAGCCUAGCACUUAUCCCUCUUUUCCCAUUCUCUCUCUCUCUCUCUCUCUCCCUCUCCCUCUCUCUGUCUCUCUCCCACUCCCUCUCUCUCUCUCUCUCUCUCUCUC